AUGACAUCGAGACUGACACAGUUAAAGCGCCGCCUUCCCGCCUGGAUGGAGGAAGUUCAUAAACAAACUAGGGGUAUGAGUCAUUCAGGUUUUGAAUCUCAGGAGUCAGUUGUAGACAUGACUCAAAAGUUUGGAGCAGGUGAGAAAGGGCUCCAGUUUGAUCAUUCCGAUAAAGUUGUGGAUCAAAAUGCUGCAAGUUAUCCUGAUAAAGAUGUGGAACAAAUAACACCAGUAGGAUCAUGUGCCCACACAGGAAGAAACAGAAGCUGUGGAUCAAAUGUCAGCGCUGGUCACAUCAUUGAGCAGUCCAUGCAGCUGCUGACAUUCCCUGGCACAGUCGUCUACUCCUGCCAUUUUGCUGACUGUGCUGGUAUCUGUGAUGACAUUUUGACCUCUUUGAGCAGCCUUGACCCAGUUGUUGUGGGCUUUGAUAUGGAGUGGCCUGUGACCUUCAUCAAGGGUAAGACACCAAAGACUGCUUUGAUCCAGUUGUGCUUGUCUGAGGCUGUGUGUUAUUUAUUCCACGUGUCCGCUAUGACCUCAUUUCCAACAGCCCUGAGGAAGCUGCUCUGUGAUGCCCGUGUGGUCCUGGUAGGUUUGAAUGUUGAAGCAGACCUGUGGAGGCUGGAGCGAGACUUUGAUGUCCGGGUGAAGCCUCUCAUGGACCGAGGUUCAGUCAUUGAUGUUGGGAGAUUAGCCAACCAGAAGUUAAAGUCAUCAGAGAACUGGACUCUCGAUGGUUUGUGUAAAAAUGUCUUGAGAAAGCGACUGAACAAAGAUGGCCACAUACGGUGUGGUGACUGGAAGCAGAUCCCUUUAAGUCAAGAGCAGAAGAUGUAUGCCUCGACUGAUGCGUACGCAGGUCUGCUUCUCUAUCAGUGUCUCAGCAACAAGUAG